UUGAUGACUACAGGGCCACCACUGCAGUGCUGUGGAGUCUUUUCAUAGUAGCUGUUCCAGUAAGAAGAUCCAAAACCAGAGAGCCACGCUUCUCUCUAACCUGUGUCUGCCUGUGGCUCUGUGUUCAAGGCGUUCUCAAAGACGGGCGAGAAGAUGAACCGGCAGUUUGUUGAGGAUCGGGCCGUGGCGAUCGACCCGCUCCCUUUCAUCUGGAAUGUGAAAGGACCUGGGCCUCACUACUGUCUUGAUAUGAAGAUGUCCCGGCUCAAACGACUGGCCUUUGCCUUUGAAUUUGGAUCAGUGAACCCCAGACAAUCGUUCCCAGUGACUGAGUUUCCUGAAAGGAUCGUUAAACUUGACAUCUCUUUAAAUGAGCUGGAAGAACUGCAGCCUGAAGCACUUUUCCCUUUUGAGAAUCUCUUUGACUUGGAUGCAUCCCUCAAUGCGUUAGGCAUCAUCAGAGGGGUUGAAGUUCUUCCCAACCUCGUCGUAUUAAACCUCAGUCAUAAUGCACUCAGUGACCUGAGAAGUUUAGAAACCUGCAUCCACCUGUCUGUGCUGAAUGUGUCUCACAAUCAAGUGAGAGCCCUGGGGGACAUGCCACGCCUGAGCCACCUAACGCGGCUUCACUUGGGUUCCAACAAGGUAUUUUCCACGCUGCACCGGUGGCAGGGCACCGUGAUGUGCUCAUGGGCAGAAGAGAUGGGUUACGUACUCAGGGUAAUCCUAGGGAUCCUCUACCUGAGCUGGAAUUUUAGUCAAGACACUGGGUUUAACACCUCUUUUUUUGAAAAGAAUGACGUGGGAGCUUCAACAACCACAAGUUGUCAGGAAUAGAUUUUAAGUCUCUAAAAGACAGCAGCAGGGCAGCCACUAUGUCCUGUGGGACUUGGUAUGAGGUAAGAUGCGUGUAAGCCACCCCGUUUACUCCCCUGCCUGUGACUGGGCUCUUCCUUCCUGCAACCUCUGUCCAACCAAGAGGAGAG